CAAUAAUUGUCAAUUGUUGAUUAUUUUAUUUUACUUGUGUUUAUAUACAUAUUUACAUUUAAAAACAAUUUGAAGGAUUAAUUGAUUAAUAAUUAUAUUAUGAAAUAAAAGAGCAUGGCAAAAACUCGAAGAAGUAUACAUCUGAAAAAUGUAUGCGAAAACACUGCAACUAGUACCAAAGUACAGACCUGCUUGGAAAAAAGCUCUAUCAAACGUUUGGAACAAAUGUACAAACUAAAGCAAAAUCAAGAAAAACACAAAUCACCAAACAAGAAAGCAAUAGAACUGAAACCGGUGAUUUACAAAGAGAACGAUGUUGAAAUGGUGACUCUGUCAGAGUUUCCAGAAUUCAAAAUGAAAAUCGUAAAGGCCGGUGGGCUGCCCUUUGCAUGUCAAAAGUGCCUAAAAUGCUUCAAAACCAAAGUCGAAUUCGAAUCUCACAUAUCCUCUCACACUGCCCAAACAAUUCAUCAAAGCAAACCUCGAGUGAGAAAAUUUGCUUGUGAGACCUGCUCGAAAACAUUUGUUCACUCGAACGAUUUGAAAAGGCACAAUAAAAGACAUACUGGAGAAAAAAAUGCCAAGUGCACAAUUUGUAACAAAUUAUUUAUGCACUCUUAUAACUUAAAUAAGCACAUGCUGCAACACUUGCAAAUUAAGCCUUUCGUGUGCGAGAUAUGCAAUAAGCAAUUUGGAGCAAAGUAUGUUCUUAAGCGGCACAUUUUAGUGCAUUCGACGCAGAAGCCUUUCAAAUGUUCUUUGUGUGAUAAGAGAUUUAUAAGGCAAGAGCAAUUGAACAAUCAUUUGAAGAAGAAGCAUUCAAAUGUGUCCAGUCUUAGCUUAAAACUGAAGGUAGAGGAACCUGAACCAGAACCGGAAAGUUGCAGUUCUAUGAAUUUAUUAAGUACAAUCCACAAAAUAUUCGAGUGCGAAAUAUGUAAUAAACAAUUUAAAAAAAAUACUUCGUACAAAAACCAUCUCUCUCAGCAUUCGAAAAAGAAAUCUUUUAAGUGCUCCAAUUGUAAGAAAGUGUUCAACAAGGAAGGUCUUCUGAAGAAUCAUUUACAAAUAUGCCAGGACACAGAUACUAACAGUUCAGUAACAGUAAAAUGCGAAGAAACUAUCGAAGAUUUUUUCAAAGAAAAUAUUCAAUAUGCAUAAAAUAAUUUCAAUCAAGUAAUUAAUAUAUUGUUGUGUUAAGAGUUUAUUAUUCUAUUGAUAAGACAUUAAGUUUAUAUUCUCUUUAUAUUAAUAUUUACAGAUACUAUUUUUAAAUUUGUUAAUAUUUUCAUUAUUAAAAUUUAGUACCGC